GUUGCUGAUGCCAUUUUGGGAAAUCAGAUGUUCACACAUUACGAUCGAGCCCACAUUGCCCAGCUUUGUGAAAAAGCUGGCUUGCUACAGAGAGCUUUGGAACACUACACUGAUCUUUACGAUAUCAAGCGUGCUGUCGUGCACACCCACCUUCUGAAUCCAGAGUGGCUGGUGAAUUUCUUUGGCUCCCUGUCCGUUGAAGACUCCGUCGAGUGCCUACGCGCUAUGUUGUCUGCCAACAUCCGACAAAAUCUGCAGCUCUGCGUUCAGGUAGCUUCGAAGUAUCACGAACAGUUGGGCACCCAGUCCCUUGUGGAACUCUUUGAAUCCUUCAAAAGCUAUGAAGGACUCUUUUAUUUCCUGGGCUCCAUUGUCAACUUCAGCCAGGAUCCGGAUGUCCACUUUAAAUAUAUCCAGGCUGCCUGCAAGACUGGCCAAAUCAAAGAAGUUGAGAGGAUCUGCCGUGAAAGCAACUGUUACAAUCCAGAACGAGUGAAAAACUUCCUGAAGGAAGCCAAGCUUACAGACCAGCUUCCCUUGAUCAUUGUCUGCGAUAGAUUUGACUUCGUUCAUGACCUGGUUCUUUACUUGUACCGUAACAACUUACAGAAGUACAUUGAGAUCUAUGUUCAGAAGGUAAACCCAAGCCGUAUCCCUGCAGUUGUGGGAGGACUUCUAGAUGUGGAUUGUUCUGAAGACGUGAUUAAGAACUUGAUCAUGGUAGUGAGAGGCCAGUUUUCAACAGAUGAAUUGGUCGCUGAAGUAGAGAAAAGAAACAGGCUUAAGUUGCUACUGCCUUGGCUGGAGUCUCGGAUCCACGAAGGCUGCGAAGAACCCGCAACACACAACGCCCUGGCUAAAAUCUACAUCGACAGCAACAACAACCCGGAGCGCUUCCUGCGGGAGAAUCCCUUUUACGACAGCCGCGUCGUAGGCAAAUACUGUGAAAAGAGGGACCCUCACCUGGCCUGUGUUGCCUAUGAAAGGGGGCAGUGUGACCUGGAGCUCAUAAAGGUUUGCAACGAGAAUUCUUUGUUUAAGAGUGAAGCUCGCUACCUGGUGCGAAGAAAAGAUCCAGAACUGUGGGUCAAUGUUUUGGAAGAAAACAAUCCCUUCAGGAGACCACUCAUUGAUCAGGUUGUCCAGACAGCGUUAUCGGAAACUCAAGAUCCAGAAGAAGUUUCUGUGACAGUCAAAGCGUUCAUGACAGCUGACCUACCAAAUGAACUGAUUGAGUUGCUCGAAAAGAUUGUCUUGGAUAAUUCUGUCUUCAGUGAGCACAGGAAUCUCCAGAACCUCUUGAUCUUGACUGCCAUCAAAGCAGACCGCACACGGGUAAUGGAGUACAUCAAUCGCCUGGACAACUACGAUGCUCCGGAUAUUGCCAAUAUUGCCAUCAGCAACGAGCUCUAUGAAGAAGCCUUUGCCAUCUUCAGAAAGUUUGACGUCAAUACUUCCGCCAUUCAGGUGUUGAUAGAACACAUUGGCAAUUUGGAUCGUGCGUAUGAAUUUGCAGAGAGGUGUAACGAACCAGCGGUUUGGAGUCAGCUGGGCAGAGCACAACUUCAGAAGGACUUGGUUAAGGAAGCUAUAGAUUCUUAUAUAAAAGCUGACGAUCCUUCUGCCUACAUGGAGGUGGUCCAGGCCGCCAACCGAAACAAUAACUGGGAGGAUCUGGUCAAAUUCUUGCAAAUGGCUCAGAAGAAAGCAAGAGAAUCUUACGUUGAGACUGAACUGAUUUUUGCCUUGGCGAAAACAAACAGGCUCUCGGAGCUAGAAGAGUUUGUCAGCGGCCCUAAUAAUGCCCACAUACAACAGGUCGGCGAUCGCUGCUAUGAGGAGGGAAUGUACGAUGCGGCAAAGCUACUCUACAAUAACGUGUCCAAUUUUGCUCGCCUGGCCUCUACCUUGGUUCAUCUUGGGGAGUACCAAGUAGCUGUUGAUAGCGCUCGUAAAGCCAAUAGCACCAGGACGUGGAAGGAGGUGUGUUUUGCCUGUGUGAAUGGAAAGGAGUUCCGGCUUGCACAGAUCUGUGGCUUACACAUUGUAAUUCACGCGGAUGAACUUGAAGAGCUGAUAAGCUAUUAUCAGGGCCGCGGGUACUUUGAGGAACUGAUUGCUCUCUUGGAAGCAGCCCUUGGCCUGGAACGUGCUCACAUGGGAAUGUUUACCGAACUUGCUAUUUUAUAUUCUAAAUAUAAACCACAGAAGAUGAGAGAACAUCUGGAACUGUUCUGGUCCAGAGUCAAUAUUCCAAAGGUACUUCGGGCGGCAGAACACGCCCAUCUCUGGGGAGAACUGGUGUUCCUCUAUGAUAAAUAUGAAGAAUAUGACAAUGCAAUAAUUACUAUGAUGAACCAUCCCACAGAUGCUUGGAAGGAAGGGCAGUUCAAGGACAUCAUUGCAAAGGUUGCCAACGUGGAGUUGUAUUACAAAGCCCUGCAGUUUUAUUUGGAUUACAAACCAUUGCUGAUCAAUGAUCUCCUCCUAGUAUUAUCUCCACGGCUGGAUCACACCAGGACAGUCAGCUUUUUCUCCAAGGUUAAUCAGCUACCUCUUGUGAAACCUUAUUUGCGUUCAGUCCAGAACCACAAUAAUAAAGGAGUGAACGAGGCACUGAACAAUCUUCUGACAGAGGAGGAAGAUUACCAAGGCUUGCGAGCAUCCAUUGAUGCCUAUGAUAACUUCGAUAACAUUACCUUGGCUCAGCGUCUAGAAAAGCACAAGUUAAUUGAGUUCCGGCGGAUCGCCGCUUACUUGUAUAAAGGCAAUAACCGGUGGAAACAGAGCGUGGAGCUUUGCAAGAAGGAUCGGCUUUAUAAGGAUGCCAUGCAAUAUGCCGCAGAAUCCAAAGACGCUGAGCUGGCUGAGAAACUACUUCAGUGGUUUCUGGAAGAAGACAAAAAGGAGUGUUUUGCAGCUUCUCUCUUCACAUGUUAUGACUUGUUGCAUCCAGAUGUGGUCCUGGAGUUGGCAUGGCGGCACAACAUUAUGGACUUUGCAAUGCCUUACUUCAUUCAGGUGACGAGAGAGUACCUUACCAAAGUUGAUGGUCUGUUUAAUAAGGUGGAUAAGCUCGAUGCUUCAGAAAGCCUAAGGAAAGAAGAGGAACAAGUAACAGAACCCACUCCAAUAGUAUUUGGCCAGCAACUGAUGCUCACAGCUGGCCCCAGCACCGUCCCUCCACAGGCCAACUUUCCAUAUGGAUACACAGCAGCACCAGGAUUCGCCCAGCCACCAGUUUACGGAUUCAAUAUGUAACUUGCACUGCAACAGACCUUUUCACUGGUCCUCUUCUCUUCCCGUCCCGUGUUCCUCUUUCAUCUGAGAAGGCACCAGACAACUUCCUCUGUUGGCUUGACUGCCUUUGUGUGCCCCCCGUGGUUCAGAGACAUCUAAAGGACGCUGUUAUUUAUUGCUAAGUCCUGUUACAUUUCAAUUUCCACAAGGCAGCUCCCCCCCACCCCCUUUUUGGUUUUUUUUUUCCUGGUCUUGAUUUCGGUACCGACAUUUGGAAAGCUCUCUUCAAAACUUAGGUGGCACCUCUGCUUCAUCAGCAGGACAGCAAUAACUUCUUGAGGCCAGGAGGCGAUUUUGGGGAUGGGGGGAGAAGAUGUCAAGGAAAAGGAAGCAGGAAGUUGCUGUUGCUUUCCCCUCCUCCUGCAGAAUCUUUUUUGCUAGCCCAGUUGUUUUUCUGGGUGGUACCAAGUGGUUAAUGCUUAAAAAGUACUGUAACAGAUGAUGCAGCCACGUGAAUAAUGUGGAAUUAGCUUUGGAAAGUCCCUGGUGGGAGGAAUGUGUUUCGAAAAUCAUAUGUGGCACUCCUCCUCCUCUUCCUCCUUUCCCUCUGUUUGUUUGUACAAACUGCCUGGCAAAAAAAAAAAAAAGGGAAAUUUAAGUAUGUAGGAUAGGAAAGAGUAGUAGAUUUGGUAGAACGCCACUGAGAGAGAAAGAGAAGGGGGGAAAACGCUUCUAUGCUUCUUGGAGUAGAUUUUGAAACUCUUGAUUGGAGAAUAAAUUGGAUCCUAUCUCAGCG